AUGAGAAAACGGAAGUUACAUGAACCUUCGAAUGAACACGAAGAGAAAGUCCAAAAAUUGGGAUCUGAUGUUAAGACAGGUAGGCUUUAGUCUUUUAUACGUAGGGAAUUGCAGAAAAUGGCGGAUUUGGAGAUGAAGAAGAACCAGUUUGGUGCCUGAAAAAAGCCCAGCUAGAAAAUCCUACGCGACAAUGCCCUUAUCUUGAUACUAUUGACAGGUAAACGUUUAUAUUCAUUUAUUUAUUUUUUAGGUCUGUUUUGGAUUUCGAUUUCGAAAAAUUAUGUUCGGUUUCCCUUCAACAUACAAACGUGUAUGCUUGUAUGGUUUGCGGAAAGUACUUUCAAGGCCGCGGGACUAAUACUCAUGCUUACACACAUGCCUUGGACACAGAACAUCACGUUUUUCUGAACUUAUCUACCUUAAAAUUUUACUGCCUACCCGAUAAUUAUGAAAUUAUUGAUCCUUCACUUGAAGAUAUUCAGGUAAGCCUUUCUUCCUCAUUUAGUAGUUUUAGUACGUAUUGAAACCGACUUAUACGAAGGAGAUGAUUAAAAGCAUCGACUCUAGAAGCACUCAAAUUCGGGCCUUUGAUGGGAACACUUAUUUCCCUGGAUUGAUGGGCUUAAACAAUAUCAAAGCAAAUGAUUAUUCUAAUGUCGUUUUUCAUGUAGGUGUUUAUGCGCUUUUCCCAUUGUUAUGCGGUUACAGGCUCUUUCUCAUGUUACACCGCUCAGGAAUUAUUUUUUGGAUGAAGAAAAUUAUCGAAAAGUGAAGAGACCCCCGGGCGAUAAACUUUCUUUAUUGCCUCAACGGUUUGGAGAAUUAAUCAGAAAGUUGUGGAACCCCAGGGCUUUCAAGGCCCAUGUGUCUCCUCACGAAAUGUUGCAAGCCGUGGUGGAAUGCAGUAACAAAAAGUUUCAGAUCAUUGUUCAGAGUAAGUUAUAACAACUUGAUGUUUUACUUUCACAGGUGAUGCUAGUGACUUCCUCCAAUUCUUCUUAAACACAUUGCAUAUUGCUUUGAAUGGUACUAAAAAAGCGGAUUCGUCCAUCAUCUACAAGACUUUCAGAGGAAAACUCAAACAAUAUACCCGCAAAGUAUUACCAGUUAAUGUCUCCGAAGAGGCUAGAAUAACAUUGUCCGAGACGGAUGAAUUUAAAGGUAAGCUGUCAGAGGUCCAAAUGAGUUCUUUAGAAAAGUCAACCGAUGUUCCUUUCUUGAGUUUAUCCAUGGAUCUUCCUGAUGCUCCCUUAUAUCGUGAUGAAUUGAUGCAAAACAUUAUCCCACAGAUACCUCUUGGUGUGCUUUUUGAGAAGUAUAAUGGAACAACGGAGAAAGAAUACAAAACAUAUAACGACAACUUCAUCAGGAGAUACGAGAUUGUCCAACUUCCAGAUUAUCUAUUACUCAAAUAUAACAGAUUCCAGAAGAAUGAGUGGUUUAUCGAGAAAAAUCCUACCAUUGUCAAUUUCCCAAUUACGUAAGUUGCAAGAAAGCGUUCAUUGCGGUUUAGGAACAUCGAUCUUUAUGACUGUUUGUCAGAAGAGGCCAAAAAAUUGCAGAAGUAUACAACUUAUGAUCUCAUUUCGAACGUUGUCCAUGACGGGAAACCGGACACGGGCAGUUAUAGGAUUCAGAUUUUUCAUCCCGGGACUCAAAAAUGGAAUGAACUGGAAGAUUUGCAUGUGAAGGAGAUCCUGCCACAAAUGAUCACGUUGGCCGAAUGCUAUAUCCAAGUUUGGAAACUGAAUAAAAAGUUAACUCGAGAGCAAAGAGUCGGCGAAGAACCCAUGGACUUCACUCAAACUCCAGCCCCGUCCAAUCCAACCUCCAAUCUGACAGGUCAAAGUGAAAUCCUGAACAAAUCUUGA